GUCGCGGCCCGCGGGGUGACCCGGCGGCCGGCCUCGCCGCAGCUGCCCCUCCGCCCCGCCCGCCAUGAGGAGCGCGCAGCCCCUGGUCCUUCUGUCCCUGGUGGCUUUUUGCCGGCGCGGGGACUGCCGCGUGGCCAACGCAGAGGAGAAGCUGGUCGACGACCUUCUAAACAGAACCCGCUACAACAACCUGAUCCGGCCGGCCACCAGCUCAGCCCAGCUCAUCUCCAUCCAGCUGCAGCUCUCGCUGGCGCAGCUCAUCAGCGUGAAUGAGCGUGAACAGAUCAUGACCACCAACGUCUGGCUGAAACAGGAGUGGACCGACUACCGUCUGGCCUGGAACAGCUCCCGCUACGAGGGCGUCAACAUCCUGAGGAUCCCCGCCAAGCGCAUCUGGCUGCCCGACAUUGUGCUUUACAACAACGCCGACGGGACCUACGAGGUGUCUCUCUACACCAAUGUGGUGGUGCGCUCCAACGGCAGCAUCCUGUGGCUGCCGCCCGCCAUCUACAAGAGUGCCUGCAAGAUCGAGGUCAAGCACUUCCCCUUCGACCAGCAGAACUGCACCCUCAAGUUCCGUUCCUGGACCUAUGACCACACGGAGAUCGACAUGGUGCUCAAGUCACCCACGGCCAGCAUGGACGACUUCACCCCCAGCGGCGAGUGGGACAUCGUGGCGCUGCCUGGGCGCAGGACGGUGAACCCGCAGGACCCCAGCUACGUGGACGUGACGUACGAUUUCAUCCUGCGGCGCAAGCCGCUCUUCUACACCAUCAACCUCAUCAUCCCCUGCCUGCUCAUCACCUCGCUGGCCAUCCUGGUCUUCUACCUGCCAUCCGACUGCGGCGAGAAGAUGACGCUGUGCAUCUCCGUGCUGCUGGCGCUCACCGUCUUCCUGCUGCUCAUCUCCAAGAUAGUGCCGCCCACGUCCCUGGACGUGCCGCUCAUCGGCAAGUACCUCAUGUUCACCAUGGUGCUGGUCACCUUCUCCAUCGUCACGAGCGUCUGUGUGCUCAAUGUGCACCACCGCUCGCCCAGCACCCACACCAUGGCGCCCUGGGUCCGGCGCUGCUUCCUGCACAAGCUGCCCACCUUCCUCUUCAUGAAGCGCCCCGACAGCAGCCCCUCGAGGGCCCCCCGGCCCGGCCAGCCGCAGCCCAGCGGGACCGAGGCCGCCGCCCCCCAGCCCUACGGGAGCCCUGUGUACCCUGUGAAUCCCACACCUGCGGCCCCCAAGUCCCCAGCGGGCUCGGGCUCCGGCGUGGGGUCCACGGCCCGAGACCUCCGGCUGAGGGCUUCCGGGAGGUUCCGGCGGGACGUGCAGGAGGCCUUAGAGGGCGUCAGCUUCAUCGCCCGGCACAUGCAGAGUGACGACCGAGACCAGAGCGUCGUGGAGGACUGGAAGUACGUGGCCAUGGUGGUGGACCGCCUGUUCCUCUGGGUGUUUGUGGUCGUGUGUGUGCUGGGCACUGUGGGGCUCUUCCUGCCGCCACUCUUCCAGACCCACACCCCCUCGGACGGGCCCUAGGCCCCCAGGGUGGCAGGGGGGAGGUGGCACAAGCAGCCAACUGGGCAGUUUGCUGCUUCCUUCUGAGCGAUGGCUGAGGAGGCCCUAAGAACAUCACCGCGCGCAAACCACCAGUCAGGGGACAGGAUGGAAGCCCCAGCUGUCAUCUCUGAAAGCCCCGGGGAACCCAGCAGAACCCCUCCCUGCACCGGGGAGUACGCGGGGCAUCACAGCCGCACCCCUGUGUGCCAGGAAUCCUGCCCGUAGCCCGGCCCAGCUGUCACCCCAUCGCUCUCCACUCCCCCGCCCACCAGCCCAUGGGACUCCUCUCAGACCCCUACACACUUCUGGAUUCUUCCAGCUCAAAGCCUGUGCAUUUGCUGUACCUGCUGCCCCGCCCGUCUGCCCGGGGGCUGCGCCCUGGCUGCGGUCCAUUGUCUGCUCCCAUGUCCCCUCCCCGAGAAGCCUUCCUCGGCCCUCCUGGGCACCUCAAGUUCUCAGUGCUGCUGUGUCGUUCCACGUUGCACCCACUUGAGUGUGAGCUCUGAGACAGCAGGAAGUGUCCUUCGUGCUGGCGGCACC